AUCGAGUGCAUUGACCCAAUGACCCGUGCGAUGCUGAAAAACAAAUCAGCUGACAUAAAGAGACCAGAAGGAGUACCUAUUUUCCUAUUUACAUUGGCAGUAUAUAGCUAUGGUGUCACAUUUUGUUUUCCUGGUGUUGGUGAUUACUUUGAUUGACUGCAUAAGUCUCUGUGUCUGUGAUAACUACAAAUGGGACCGUUUCAUCUUCGCACAAGAAUGGCCAACGGCUGUGUGUCAGAAAGCUAAUGAAACAGGACACAAAUGUCAUAUUCCCUCCCAGGUAAAUACUUGGGGUAUACAUGGUCUAUGGCCUACUUUUGAACAUACAAAAGGCCCAACAGAAUGUCAGAUAUCAAAGCCAUUCAACUUUACGCUGAUAAAGCCAUUGGUGAAAGAACUCCAGGUUUUGUGGCCUAACAUGUAUGUCGACACUGUGACAGAAAGCUUCUGGCAACACGAAUGGGAUAAACAUGGACGCUGUGCUACCACCCUCCCCGCUACUGCAAAUGAAUAUUUGUACUUCAAAAAAGUGUUACAACUCAUGGAAAAAUUCAGUGCUUCCACGUUAUUGAAGAAUAUGGGCAUUUUACCUAGUAAGACGGCACACUACACAUUGGACCAGAUACAGUUUGCCCUGAUGCGAGAAUUAGGUAACAAGACCGUCGUCAUUGAGUGUGUGAAGGAUUCUAAAACUGGCUUGGACAUGAUAUUUGAAGUGGAGAUCUGUCUGGAUAAGGAGUUCAAUCCAAUAGACUGUUACACUACUCAGAAUCGCCAGGACAACUCCGCCAGUGGCCAUUUUCUCAGGAAACACAGUGGCAAUGAAGAGGGAAACUGUCCCCGUGACAAAAAGGCUUUUGAAUAUCCUCCUAUCCCAGGAAAUUGAGAGUUCGGACAACAAGAUCAUUGCUGAUGUACCAGCAUAUCGGCGCUGAUGCAGUUAAAUCUGUAUCUUAUGCCAUUUACUGUUGUAUACCUUACCUGGAAAGAGAUUUCGGAAAUAUUAUUUAUUCUUUUCUCAAACAUCACCUGAAUUCAUUUAUCCAUGAUAUUUUUCUUUCAAAUUUUCAAAAAUUCACAUUAUUUUCUUCAAUCAGAUUUCUGUUUACAAAGUAGCUGCAAGGAGAGAAAUUAUUUUAGCAUCCUGUUUAUGUAGUAAGCCUCGUGUACUAGUUUAUUAAUAUUAUGAUAAUAUAUAGAGAGAGAGAGACAGAGAGAGAGUCUGUAUACUGCACAUAUUGAUCUGAGAAAUUAACAAGUGUUGUAUUUUUGUAAACAAUUAUCAAAAAUUAAGGCUCCUGAAAGUUGUACUAAUUCAACUGUGGAUCUGUUUGUUAAUUGAGAAUAGAUAUUUCUACCACAAUAGUUUAAGGUUUACACAAGUUUGGAAUUUGAUCAUAUUAAACAUCUAAAUAACAUUUAAACAUUUAGCAGUGUCAUGUUAUUACCUCUUUUUCAUUAAUCCAUAAUUAAAUCUACAUAAGUAACAAUCAUAGACGUAAAAUUCCAAUUAUUUACAUCUCCAUGCUUAAUCCGGUAAAAAAUUAGCUUGAAAAUGGUGGUCCAGUUAAUGUAAAAAAAUGAAUGUAAAACAAAAACAAACAAAAUGCUAUUUUCUUUGUACUUCAUAUUUGCCCUGCUUGGCAUACACAAGAACACAUUGAUGCAAAACAGGUCAAUUUAUCCUCAGAAAAGCUUUUCUAUUGUGGUAGAAUCAGAUUACACAAUAUCCGGUUGUUGCAUAUAGAAUUUCAUUUGAGUUACUUUUUUUCCACUAAAGCUCACGUUUUUUGUAUGUUUUGAAAAAUAAUGAACUUGAGUUAUGAGAUGUAUAACCUCUAUAGAUAUGGAAAUAUAAACAUAUAAAGACACCAUAUUUUAAUGUUUGUAUAUAUACAAUAGAUAUAUAAAUCAUAAAUACGUACAAACUAUGCAAUGUAAAUUGUUUGAUCAGGAAAACAAGUGUUUUAAUUCAGAAGCACUUGGUCUAUGUAUGAUUUUACCUUGAUGAAAAUAUCUAACUUGUUAACAAUAUAUUUUGGUCAGUUUUUAAGUAUUUAUUAAUAUUUUUCAGUACAUGUAUUUAUCAAUAUUUAUUUUAAACCUAAUUUAUAUUCAUAUCAGAUCUGAAUUACUGGUGUGUUCUUGCUGUUUAUGUUCAGUCUUCUUUUUUAUAUGGCAUUAUUAAGAUCUAUACUGCAAAUCUUUGCCACCAUUUAAUUUUCAGUUUCUUUCUCACGACUAUGAACAUCUCUCUCAACUUAAUAAUCUCUGCUGUCUGUUGUCUUGUUUUUCAUACACUAGGAGUGUGAUAUCUAAGUUAUUUGACAGUCUUUUGGGUAUAUGUUGUAUUUGAUUUUUGUUUCUGAUCAGAUGAUUUGUAAUAUGAUCUCACAAAUUACCUCCCUUUAUAUUCCAAUGUGAUGUUGCAGUGUCCGUCUUCCGUCUAAUAUAAAAUAUUUAUUUACAUCGUGACAAAGAUGAUAGGUCUGUGAUAUGCUUGAAUCAGAGUUACUAAAUUUCAAAUGAAUGACCUUGACCCAAGUUCUGGACCAAGGCGGACUUCUAAAAUUGCCUUGUGCUGACCCAGAGGUCCAGUCAUGCUUUGCCAAUUCUUUGCCAAUUCUAAGUUGUUGCCCUUUGCUUAUUUGCAUGAUGUGCAUUAAACAAGGUUAAGUUCUUUAUUAGAUGCAUAUGUAUAUUUAGGGAAAGACUGUAGAUGUCUUUAGAUUUUGAGGCUACAUUUGGAAGGUAGCUGCAUUUUGACCUCUUGCUUGAAUGUCAGUCAACUUUCAGUCAUCCAACCUUCAAUCCAGAUACAUUAAUGUAUUGCCAAACAUAUAAUGCUGCCUGAACCAUUUUAAGUACAUAUAUAAAGUCUGUAUGCUCAGGUCACAGGAAGAAGUGACAUUUGACAUGUAGGUUUCUAGGAUGACAAGCUAUUUAAUUUAAGAAAUAACUAUGAUCUUUGAUCGAAAAGAGUGAAAAUCUUCUUUAAAAUGAUAUAAGUAGUGUAAUGAUAUCUGACCUUUCACUUUCAAGCUGUGAAACUUGCUAAAAUUUGACAUUUUCCUACUUUGACGGUUAAAAAAAAAUUGGCAGCAUUAUUAUCAAACAGGUGAGCAGAACGGGCCCACGGGACUCUUUGUUAAGAAGUUGGAGGGGGAGAAGUAUGUACCAACUGUUCUAGUGCAAUAUCAACAUGGUCUCUACAAGUAUAACUGUACCAUUGUUGUAGUUAAUUGGAUUACUGUUUUUGUAUUUUGUGUUAUUUCAUGACGAAGGCGUCACUUUUGUUUAGUGCUAAAUUUUCGUAAGAGAAUGCUUAUACAUUGCCGUUUUGCAUUACAACAUUGGUAAGGGAGUGCUUAGCCAUUCAGAGCUUCCGGUAGACCUUUGAGUGUAUGUAUCAACUCCCCAAAAUGAGAUUUGACUUUUACAUUUGGAGGGAUAUGUAUGUUUUGACACUUAUGAUUUCUGUGAUUUCUGAAAUAACUAAAAUGCACUGUCAUUGUUGUUGCAUUAUAACAACAAUGCUGUCACAUUUUUGUUUCAUAUUGCGACAUCAUUCGCAUUGUUGGAUUUUGCCGAUUGUCAGGUCAUAAUUUAAAUACUGUACAUAUAUAUAUAACAAAUAAGUUCAUUGCUAUAUAUAUAUAUUGUCAUUUUGGGAGUGUUUUGAGCUCUGUAAUUCAAAUGAAGAUGGAAUCAGUGAUGGUUAUGUACAUAAAUGUACAUUGAUGAGAGUUAUGUAUCAACAUGUGUAGUUAGUUUGUAUAUUGGAAACAUUCCAUAACUGUAUAUCUAUCUACAUUUGUAUAUCAGGGACAUAAAAAUAGAUAUGCAUAUAUAUUUGUAUAAAGAUAUAUUUUGUAUAGUCAAUAUCUACUGCCUAUAACAAUGAUGGCAUUCAAAUGGUUCUUUGUGACUUUGAGUAAUUAAAAACAUACUUUGAAUUGAGAA